GUAGGGUCUCUCACUUGCCUGCCUUUCUACAUUUCUCAUCGUCUUGUUCCUUUCGGAAGUCUUGACAUUGAAACUUCUUGGAUACGUCAUACACAGAGAAUCACAAAUUCAUAUAUUUUCAUCCACAUUCAAAGCUGAUUCACAGAUAAAUUUUAGUAAAUUCAGAAAUCUCUUGAAUUAUCGAUAAAUGGGCUGUAAAUUCAGUAAAAGAAUCAGGCAAAGCAGCCACAACACUGUUUCGGCGCUGCUACGUCGAACCACUUCCUACUCAGUGAACUCACGAGACGCCAAUCUGAGCUCAUAUGAAGCAGCCUGCAGAGCCGAUCCGGAUCUCCGGAACUUCGAUUCGAGCCUUCAAGCUCGGACGAGCCGAGCCAUCAACUCCAUAGCUGUAAGCCUCGAUGUUCAAAGCGUCUCCCUCGACUCCCUCCGGGAUGUAACUGAGUGUCUUCUAGAAAUGAAUGAUGGAGUAGUCAAAAUCAUUCUCCAAAACAAAAUGGAUAUUUGGAAAAACAAAGAAUUAGCCGAUCUCGUAGAUGAUUAUUUCGAAAAUAGCCUCCAAACCCUAGAUUUUUGCACUGCCUUCGAGUCCUGCCUCAAACGCGCUUCUCAUAUUCAAUCCAUAAUCAAUGUCGCCCUUAGGAAAUUCGAGGAAGAACAUUUUGGGGGUUCGGAAUACGGAUCUGUCAAAAAAAACUAUUCGAAAACUUUAGAGGAACUGAGGAAUUUUAGAGGGACAGAUGAGCCCUUUAACGAGGAAUUUUUUAACUUGUUUAAUUCGGUGUACAAGCAGCAAAUCUUGAUGUUGGAGAAAUUACAAGCGAGGAAGCGAAAGCUGGAUAAGAAGUUGGGUAAAUUGGAGGCAUGGAGGAAGGUAACGAAUGUGAUAUUCGUGGUGGCUUUCGCCUCGGUUUUGAUAUGCUCUGUGGUGGCGGCUGCAGUUAGUGCACCUCCGGUGUUAACGGCAUUGGCUGCAGCUGCCUCAGUGCCUUUGGGGUCGAUGGGGAAAUGGCUUAACUCGAUUUGGAAGAAGUACAAGAAUGAGUUGAUGUCACAAAGGGAAAUACUCAUUUCAAUGCAGAUUGGGAAUUACAUUAUGAUUAAAGAUUUGGAUGGUAUUCGGGUAUUGGUUGACAGGUUUCAAAUCGAGAUUGAGGCAUUGUUGGCGAAUGCGGAUUUUGCAAUGAGGGAAGAUGAAGCGGUGGUGAUCGCAGUGGAGGAGAUCAAGAAGAAUGUAAAUGGAUUUAUGAAAACUAUACACGAUUUGAAUGAACACGCCAAUAAGUGUAGUCGAGAAACAAGGAUGGCUAGAGCAUUAAUAUUGCGAAGAAUUAUGGAUCAUCCUAAUGGCUCCAACCAGAACUUUAGUAUGUUUACUUGACGACUGAAUUCUAUAUUUCCAAUUUAUUAUUAUUGUUUUUUGAAUAAUGAACAGAAUAGUCAAUCUGUAAAGUAGAAUAGCAAAAUGAAUUUUUGUUCUUGUGGACUAUGUAUGAUUGCUAAUAUUAUCCAAAUUGAAAGGUUACACAUUUCAUGGAAUAAUUUACAAAUGAUGUUGUUUGAUUAA